AUGGCUGCAGCAAUUGGUCGUUUUUCUGUUGUUGCUGCAGUGGCAUUUGCUGCUGUUGCUGUUGCUGCUCCCCUGCUGCUACAGGAAGCAUCUGCAGCAGAUGCAGAUGCAGCAGCAGGACCAGCAGCAGUAAACCCUGUAGAUGCAGUAGAGGGUACUGAGGUACAAGUACCUGUUGCUCCUGAGGUCCCUGCUGCAGCAGAGGACGAGGAGGCAGCAGCACGUGCUGCUGCUCUCCUUGCACAUACAGGUGCACGUGAUGAUGACCAGCAGCAGCAGCAGCAGCAGCAGGAGGGAGAAGAAGAAGAAAAGGAGGAGGAGGAGGAGGACGCACCCCCUAAGAGGGAGCACACAGUAAGGAAAAUCUUUGAGACUGUUAAGAGGGGACUGAGUGCAGGUGUACGCAAAUUCAGGGGUGGCCAGUAA